CCAACUUUUGCAAUUUGGGUUGAAGUUGAACGCUGGGGACUGACCUCACGGGGGGCGAUGGAGGGGGCAGGGAGCGGCGACGGCGUGAAGCCCCGGACUGCCACGUGGCUCGACAAGCACCGUCCGAUGUACGAUCGGGCCACGCGGCACCCCUUCAUCCGCAGCAUCCGCGACGGCGCCGUCGACUUCGCCUCCUUCAAGCGAUGGCUCGCUCAGGAUUAUAUAUUUGUGAAGGAGUUCGUCCCAUUUGUAGCCAGUGUGCUGCUUAAUUCCUGCAGGCAAUCAGAUGAUACCUCAGACAUGGAAAUCAUAUUAGGCGGCGUCGCUUCUCUGAGUGAUGAACUCUCAUGGUUCAAAACGGAAGCUUCGAGGUGGGAUGUCGAGCUAACCGGUGUUUCGCCCCUCAAAGCUAAUAUAGAGUAUUGCAGGUUUCUCGAGAGCUUCUCGUCCGCGGAGAUCGAUUACACUGUGGCCAUCACCACCUUCUGGGCGAUCGAAACCGUCUACCAGGAUAGCUUUUCCUUCUGCAUACAGAGUGGCUCCAAGACUCCAAAAGAGCUUCUGGGGACCUGCCAGAGAUGGGGCAGCGACGAAUUUAAGCAGUACUGCCAAUCUCUACAAAAGAUCGUGGAUCGCUGCUUGGAGAAAGCACCAAUUGAUGUGGUAGAGAAGGCCGAAGAGGCUUUUGUUCGCGUUCUUGAGCAUGAGUUCGACUUCUGGAAUAUGAGCUCCAGCGAACAUUAAAUAUAUCAUUUCAUUUCCAGGUGUUGCACUACUUCUCUGCAGUAUACUUGAAUUGCAGAAACUUCAAUAGACUUUCACAUUGGGUUAUUAACCUAGUUCCCUUUUCUAAUAAGUUUGAGCUGAACCAGAUAUAUGUUGUGUGAUAGAUUUAUGAAUGAUCUGGGCCAUUGAUGUGGAUUUGUGUGGAAUCUUGUGAAAGUUUGGUAUAAUGAGAAACACUUUGGUACUGGUUUAGGUUUUAA